CUCGAGCCAAUUGAGGAAGAUCCUCAGAACACAAUCGAAGAAGGCCACGUCCAUGAUGAAGGUGAUGCUGAGGUACUAGAACAACAAACUGAUGCGGCGUUCACACAGAAGAUGCAGAUUUCGGACAAGGACUACCUCUCGCAAUGCAAGAAAGCAGCGUAUAAGGCAAAAAGCGCGCCUCUAAAAUAUCGUAAGGAGAGCACUUUUGCCAUAAACGAUGUGGUGGCCAUGAUGAACCAGUUAGCUACGGACAGGGAGGAGCAAUCGAAGAUGGUCCAGAAGUUGCUUGCUGCCACGUACAACUUUUACGCCUUUUCUUCUCUCGACCUCGACGGCGAGGAUGUGGACAUAGAGGAGGCAUUCGAGGAGAAUAUCAAUCUGCGAUAUUAUUUGGU